UUGGGUUUAUCAAUAAACCGCUCGACUCGACUAGGACCCGAAAAGAAAAGGAGCGGUGAGGCGAGAGAGAGAGAGAGAGAGAGAGAGAAAUAAAAAGAAAAAUUGGAUGGGAUGGCGCUUGUUCUUCUGAGACUGAGAGCUCAUUCUCCUAGUCCUCCUUAUCUUCUUCGCUUCAUGGCCUUACGCUUCAUGUCACACUCAUGUCUCCACCCUCACUCUUCCUCCCUUGCUCGUCCCUCCCUCUUGUUCAGCCCACCAGCACCAGCACCACCCAGGAUUGGGCUUCGAUUGAAGGACGUUCCUAGCUGCUGUGCUGCGGUUCGAAAUGUGAGAGCUUUCAUGUCGUCCAGCUCGGUAACCGAGGCUUUUCAAGGAAGCGCUGCGGCCUCCACGGCUUAUGGCGCUGAUCAGAUUCAGGUUUUAGAAGGCUUAGAGGCUGUUAGAAAGAGGCCCGGAAUGUAUAUUGGGGACACCGGAUUUCGUGGUCUUCAUCAUCUGGUUUAUGAAAUACUAGACAAUGCUGUUGAUGAGGCUCAAGGUGGAUAUGCUUCAAAGGUUGAGGUCAUUUUACUGGCCGACAAUUCUGUCAGCAUCACAGACAACGGCCGUGGGAUACCUACUGAUAUGCAUCCUGUAACCAAGAAAUCUACAUUGGAGACUGUCUUGACGGUUUUGCAUGCUGGUGGCAAGUUUGGUGGUUCAAGUAGUGGCUAUAGCGUGUCUGGUGGAUUACAUGGUGUGGGUUUAUCAGUCGUUAAUGCCUUGUCUGAGGCAUUAGAAGUUACUAUUUGGCGUGAUGGAAUGGAAUACCAGCAAAAGUAUUCUCGUGGAAAGCCUGUGACAACUCUCUCUUGUCAUGUGCUUCCAAUUGAAUUUAAAGAUAGACAAGGAACACGAAUCAGAUUCUUGCCUGACAAACAAGUAUUUAAAACUCUUAAUCAGUUUGACUACCACACAAUUGCUGGAAGAAUUAGGGAGCUAGCUUUUUUAAACCCUAAUCUCAUGAUCACUCUUAGACAAGAGGGUACGGAUCCAGAGAAAAUCCAGCACAAUGAAUACUUCUAUGCAGGGGGUUUGGUUGAAUAUGUUAGAUGGCUAAAUACUGAUAAGAAACCUCUUCAUGAAGUGGUGGGUUUCAGAAAAGAAGUAGAUGGAAUCACUAUUAAUGUAGCUCUCCAGUGGUGUUCUGAUGCAUAUUCAGAUACAGUGCUAGGGUAUGCUAAUAGCAUACGUACUGCUGACGGAGGAACCCAUAUUGAUGGACUGAAAGCUUCGUUAACAAGAACGCUGAAUAACCUUGGGAAGAAGUCAAAGCUUAUCAAGGAUAAAGAUAUUACCUUAAGUGGUGAGCAUGUAAGAGAAGGGCUGACAUGUGUAGUUUCAGUCAAAGUUCCCAAUCCAGAGUUUGAAGGCCAGACAAAGACUAGGUUGGGAAAUCCGGAGGUGCGAAGAGUGGUUGAUAAUUCUCUUCAAGAGUAUCUUACAGAAUACUUGGAGUUACAUCCUGAUGUACUGGAUUCAAUCCUUUCCAAGUCCUUAAAUGCUCUCAAGGCAGCUCUGGCUGCAAAGAGGGCAAGGGAACUAGUCAGACAAAAGAGUGUUUUGCGUUCGUCUUCUCUCCCAGGAAAGCUAGCUGAUUGCUCAUCAACCAAUCCUGAAGAAUCUGAAAUCUUUAUAGUUGAAGGAGAUUCAGCUGGAGGAAGUGCAAAGCAAGGUCGUGAUAGACGCUUUCAGGCAAUUCUUCCACUAAGGGGUAAAAUUCUGAACAUUGAAAGGAGGGACGAGGCAGCGAUGUAUAAAAAUGAAGAAAUUCAAAAUCUGAUUCUUGGACUUGGACUUGGGGUGAAGGGAGAGGACUUUAAAAAGGAAGCUCUGCGUUACCAUAAGAUUAUCAUCUUAACUGAUGCUGAUGUAGAUGGUGCUCACAUCCGAACUCUGCUACUGACUUUUUUCUUCAGAUAUCAGAGAGCCUUAUUUGAUGAGGGUUGCAUAUAUGUUGGUGUUCCACCCUUUUACAAGGUUGAAAGGGGAAAGCAAGCAUAUUAUUGCUAUGAUGACGCUGAACUUAAAAAGCUUCAGAGUUCCUUCCCUUCAAAUGCAUCAUACAGCAUUCAAAGGUUCAAAGGCCUGGGAGAAAUGAUGCCCACACAAUUAUGGGAAACAACAAUGGAUCCUCAAAAAAGGCUACUGAAACAAUUAAGUGUGGAUGAUGCUGCUGAGGCUAAUUUUGUCUUUUCCUCCCUUAUGGGUUCUCGGGUGGAUUUCCGGAAGGAACUCAUUCAAAAUGCUGCACGCAUGAUCAGCUUGGAUCAGUUAGAUAUUUAGGGGAGUCAUCAAUCAUGGGCAUACCGCAGUGAUGAAACAUAUACAUAUCUUUUGUAUGAUUCAAAAAAUUGUGAUACUCAUUAUGAGAAUAUAUCCUUGCUACCAAGAGUUUCGGUAGAUUUUUAGAGGUUUUGUAUUUAGUGCAAGCAAUGCUGUUUAUUUUCUAACAAA